AUGAUGCAAUGUCCGAUGAGCUUGCGACGAAGUUAUCUCGCCUGCACGAUGUCCGUGGACGAGCUUCUGAACGCGCCGGACGAGAACACAACUGCAGAAGAUCCCAUAUAUGCAGACUUCUGUGGAGUUGAAAACCUGGACGCGGUCGAUAUGGAGCGUAGUACAUGGACUGAGGAGGCCUUGAGCCAGAAGCAAUUAAAGAGCAUCUCAUGUGGAUCGCUAAGUUUCUCGUUCGUGCCGGCGCGACUGGAGUAUCCGAUGGAUCGGCUAUAUGGUCCGUAG